AUGGCGGCGGGAGCGUGCCGCUGGCUGAUGGCCGCCGCCCCCGCCCUGUCCGGGCCCCCUGGGAACGGGCUGAGGCUGGGAGGCGGAGGGGCGGCGCGGGGAACCGCCCGGAGCGGCCCGGCACCGGCCCGGGGCCCUUCGCGGACGCUGAUCGUCACCCAAAGCGGCGCCAUUUUACCCAAACCAGUCAAAAUGUCCUUCGGCCUCCUGCGGGUGUUCUCCAUCGUGAUCCCUUUCCUCUAUGUUGGGACGCUCAUUAGUAAGAACUUCGCCGCCCUGCUCGAGGAACACGACAUUUUCGUCCCCGAGGAUGACGACGACGACGAUUAACCGAGCUCUUUGGAAGAGCAGAAGGGAGACAAGCCAACAAGCGGGCGGCGUGGAUGCGGUCACUGCUUCCCUCCGUCCUAGCGAGAGAUCGGAGCUGACCUUCCAGACCUCCGAGAGCUCCGUGAGCCCUGGACCGGCGGCCCGCCAACGGCCACACGGACCCCUUUGUUAGCCCUGGGGGUCGUUUGACCUCUGGCCGGGACACGUCUGUCGUCCGAACCCGCGGUCUGAUGAUAAUAAAUCAGGCAAAAACUCCUCA